AUGAGGAUAAUAGGGCUCCAUGGCGGUCAAACCAUUCCCCUCCCCAUCACCAGCCCCUCCUCUCACCAGCCCCUCCCCAUCACCAACCCCUCCUCUCACCAGCCCCUCCCCAUCACCAGCCCCUCCUCUCACCAGCCCCUCUCACCAGCCCCUCCUCUCACCAGCCCCUCCUCUCACCAUCCCCUCCCCAUCACCAGCCCCUCCUCUCACCAGCCCCUUCUCUCACCAGCCCCUCCUCUCACCAGCCCCUCCCCAUCACCAGCCCCUCCUCUCACCAGCCCCUCCCCAUCACCAGCCCCUCCUCUCACCAGCCCCUCCCCAACCACCAGCCCCUCCUCUCACCAGCCCCUCCCCAUUUCCAGCCCCUCCCCAUCACCAGCCCCUCUCACCAGCCCCUCCCCAUCACCAGCCCCUCCCCAUCACCAGCCCCUCCUCUCACCAGCCCCUCCCCAUCACCAGCCCCUCCCGACCACCAGCCCCUCCUCUCACCAGCCCCUCCCCAUUUCCAGCCCCUCCCCAUCACCAGCCCCUCCCCAUCACCAGCCCCUCCUCUCACCAGACCCUCCUCUCACCAGCCCCUCCCCAACCACCAGCCCCUCCUCUCACCAGCCCCUCCCCAUCACCAGCCCCUCCUCUCACCAGCCCCUCCCCAUCACCAGCCCCUCCCGACCACCAGCCCCUCCUCUCACCAGCCCCUCCCCAUUUCCAGCCCCUCCCCAUCACCAGCCCCUCCCCAUCACCAGCCCCUCCUCUCACCAGACCCUCCUCUCACCAGCCCCUCCCCAACCACCAGCCCCUCCUCUCACCAGCCCCUCCCCAUCACCAGCCCCUCCUCUCACCAGCCCCUCCUCUCACCAGCCCCUCCCCAUCACCAGCCCCUCCUCUCACCAGCCCCUCCUCUCACCAGCCCCUCCUCUCACCAGCCCCUCCCCAUCACCAGCCCCUCCUCUCACCAGUUACAGACAGUAG